AUGAAUUGGUAUAGGUUCAAGGAGCUGUUCUAUGAGAAGUAUUUCCCUGCUCCUAAGAGGUGGGAGUUAAAGGAUCAGUUUAUUGGCCUUAUCCAAUGCAAUAUGUCGAUGAAAGAGAACGAGAACAAGUUCACCUCACUCUCUCGCUUUGCUCCAGAGAUGGUGAGUAAUGAAGUUAAUGAGGUUCGGAAGUUUGUCUCCGGAUUUGACUACAAGAUGAGGCCGUUGUUAAUAACACAGGGCAUCAAGGUUUAUUCUGAGGCAGUGGAAAGAGCAUUGAUGUUAGAGGCGGAGGUCAAAGAUAAAGAUGCAAAAAGGGAACAGUGGAAGCAAAAGAGGAAUGCAGGGUCAUCUUCAGAGGGACCUUUAUGGAAGAGGAACAGGGGUGGUUUAUCUCAGUUUCAGGGGCAUCAGUCUGCACGAUCCGCUCCUACCACUUCUAUGCUAGUUGGGUCGGAUAAGAGUGGAGUUGUUUGCUUUCAGUGUCAGCAGCUUGGACAUUAUAAGUCCAAUUGUCCUUAG